AGAAACCAAAUUCCCUUUUUCUUUUCGAACCCCACAAAAACUAAAAAGCUUUCUAAUAAUAAUCGCAUUCAAAGAAAAACACAGCACCAACAACAAACAAGAGCUUCCUCAUCCUUCAACAAUGGCCGACAAAUUCAACCAUCUGGCCCAAACCCAUCUCCCCUUCCACUCCAUCGACCCUAGAUCCCUCCUCCUCCACCAGAACUCCGCCGCCGAUCUCCCCAUUUCUCUCCAGCUCACAGCGGAGCCAUUUUCGAUGGAAAGAGGGCCAAGGUACAGAGCCUACGCAGAGCUCAGAGAAUCCAAGCUCCGGCUGAGGAACGCCAUGUACCGCGACGGAGAACAGCCGGAAAAGUCCACGCCGCCCGCGAAGAAACAAGUUAAAUUUCUUGAUUCGGAGACUCUAAGGAAAAGGUCCGCGGCGGUGGCGCAAUCGGUGCCGGAUUUCUCUGCAGUGCUGAGAAAGGAGAACAGAAAGCCGCCGCCGGGGUUGUCGCCGGUGAUGGAGAUGACGCCACCAGGGAAGACGUGGGGGAAGAAAAUUGGGGGAUUGUCGACGAAUUCGAGGGGGAGUAAGUCGGCGAGUGCAGGGGAGAAAAGGGGCGGCGGAUUGACGGCGGUGAGGAAGAGUUACGCCGGAUUUGAGGAGAUGAAAGGGUUUUCUACGGCAGCGGCGAACGCCAUUAAUGGGGAAAAUAGGAGAGGAGGAGGAGGAAGGAGAGGGAAGACUGUAUUGGGGAUUAGACAAAUUUGAAAGAAAAUAAGAAACAAAAACAAUUGAUAGUGAUUUUUCAAUGGAAGAAGAUUGCUCUGUUUAUGUUCUUACAAUUUUUUGUGUUCUUGUUGGUGAUGGUGUUGUUUCCUUAGGGUACUUUUGAUUCUUUUAAUUAUAAUGGAUAAUUUGGGGUUGUGGAAUAAUGAAGUGAGAAGAAAGAAAAAUGAUGUUAUAGUUG